AAAUGGAACGCACAUGCCUGUUAUCAAAGUCAUGUAAAACAGAGUGGUGUCUCUGACUUGAAUCAAACCAAGGCCAAGGCUGACUCCGCGGAGAGCUCCAAUUCAAUCGCUCAAUCCAUUCCUUGCUUACCAGCACCACUAGUACCGUUGAGUGAAACCCAAGAAACUUGUCCAUUCGUAUGCUACCGCUGCUCGAAGAGGUUCCCUUCCACGCAUGCCUUGGGAGGUCACCAGAAUGCGCACAAGAAGGAAAGAAAUGAGGAGCGCAGUCUCUAUGUCGAACAACGCCUCGCGUUGAUGAGGCAGCCUCCCAUCACUCUUCCAUCGCUGACGCCUCUCACGGUUGUCCCAUCUGCUCAAAUUUUUGGCCAUUUGGCAAAACCGGCAGUGAUUAACUCAGUGCCGGCUAGCCAUGGUUCUAUGUUGCUGCAGCCCCUGGCUUCUGGCUUUAUCCUUGAUCGCCUGAAAGCGCCAGUUUUCAUGCCUGCUGGGUUCCACUUCGGUCCAGCAAGGACUGAAGUCAAGGGUGGAGAGGUUUCAUAUAAGGCUUCUCAUCAUGAAUCCGAUAAUUAUCAUCCUUAUAAGAAGCCUGUCGAUAAGGAAUCAAUGGCCAGGAAGCUGUAUCUCUAUGAAGAAAAUGAUUUUUGGGCAAAAGCUGAAGAAGACAGCGCCUGUUCGAAGGAGUACUCAGCUUCAACUACAACCGAUGAUGCUGGUCCAAAUGCUGAAGCCUUAAUUAAUGAAGACAAGGAAGAUGCUCAUGAUCAAAACACUUCAAAGGAGGAGCUGGACUUAACUUUGAGGCUCUAAUGAAAGAUGGGAAAUAUUUGGAAGAAAAAAGAAUGGAUGUUGAAGGGCAUCAUAAAUGAGAAUCUGCUAAAAUAAAUGAAGAAAAAAAGAAUAAAAAGAAUGAGAGCUAGGAUCAGUACCGUGGUCAUCUCCUCAUGGAUGUUUCUAAAUUUUCUUUCUUAACUAGUGAGCUAAUUAACUAGUUGUUGUUGUUAUUAUGUAGUUUCUACACCUUCUGUUCAUGCUUAUGCAUGCUUCUUAGCUUAGCUUCUA